GCUAAUAAGAAAAAAAAUCCAAGAAAACUCAAAAAGAUAAAAUCUUGUUUCUCAGCUAUCUAAACAUUAUCAUUUUAUCAAUUUACCAUCUCAUCUUUCAGCCACCAUUGUGGCAGCAGCCAUGGCCGCCCACUCAAUCUUCACCACAACCAGCACUACCAAUUCUUUCCUAUACCCAAUUUCUUCUUCUUCUUCUUCCCCUAACAUUAACUCUUCUUUUCAUGGUGUUUCACUCAAUGUUAAGUCAAAUUUUCGCCAAUCUUUGACCCUUUAUGCUGUCAAUACUCCCAAACCCCUUACAGUUUUUGCUGCUACUAAGAAAGCUGUUGCUGUCCUUAAAGGCAACUCUAAUGUUGAGGGGGUUGUCACUCUAUCUCAAGAUGAUGAUGGUCCAACUACGGUUAAUGUUCGUAUAACUGGACUUGCUCCGGGACUUCAUGGGUUUCAUUUACAUGAAUAUGGUGACACUACAAACGGGUGUAUGUCUACAGGAGCUCAUUUCAAUCCCAAUAAAUUGACACAUGGAGCUCCUGGAGAUGAAAUCCGUCAUGCGGGUGACCUGGGAAACAUAGUGGCCAAUGCCGAUGGCGUGGCUGAAGCAACACUUGUAGAUAAUCAGAUACCAUUGACUGGUCCAAACUCAGUUGUUGGACGAGCACUUGUAGUUCAUGAGCUUCAGGAUGACCUCGGAAAGGGUGGCCAUGAACUCAGCCUUACCACUGGCAAUGCUGGUGGACGAUUGGCAUGUGGUGUGGUUGGUUUGACUCCAAUAUGAAGUAAAUGCAGCAGCAGCAACAGCUCUUUUGUCGGAAUUAUAAUGAGUGAACGUUUUUACCCUCCUCUCCGGGUUGCCAAUAAAUCUCUACAUGAAUGUGUACUGAGAAAUUCUUGAUGAACUAAAUUUGAACUUGUAUGUACACUUGC